AUGUUUUUUUUUGUGUUUUGGGUUCGAGAAGGUCGCAAAAUGUGUCCGGAAGUGGUAACAUUCAAAGUGUCGCUGAAAAAUAAAGGGAAACGAACGCAAUGGGAAGGCGUCAAAGAUCUGAAUUUGACCGAGCGUCGCGAAACGACCGAGAAUUGUCUGAUUCCGUCGAUUGAAUGGCAAGAAGCGAAGGGUCGAGAGUUCGCCGAGAAUCGCGACAAGAUUCAUUUCAUUUGCGCCAAUUCUGCGGCGCCGCGCAAAUUUCCCGGAAGACGCCCAAAAACUGAUGAUGAGGAAGCUUGGCACACUCUCUUACUAGAAAGAUGUCCGUCGGAAGCCGAACACCUGAAGGCAUCAUUUCCGAAUCAUGUUGGACUUCCGCCGGCGCUCUCAAUUCUUCGACAAUUUUCGUGCAAAUUGAUCAAUGAGCUCAUAUCGUAUCUUGUUGAAUGGUCGGAAUCUGAAGGAUUGACACGUCCAAUUCGCGAAUGGAUUUAUGCGCUUCUACUGUUCGUCGAGGUCCCAUUGAUCCCAGAGACGAUCUCCUCAUUGAGAGAACUUGCGAAAGAAGCGAGAAGAACGCGUUCUCGUCUCGAUUCCAGUCGCAUUGAAGAAGCCAACGAGUUCUCGAUGUUCAUUGCCAUCAUUGGUAUUUAUUUCAACCAGAAGGAUCUCUCAGACUUGACGAGCUGA